AUGCAUCUUGUAGUCAAGCCAAUCGACAGCUGGUCGUCUUCUGGCGGUACCCACCUCCGAAUCUCUCCACGCAACACUUUUACUCGAAAUAGAAGAAACUACCUCGGAAACACCAUCAACGAGAAUGUUCUAGAAAAGGCGAAAGAGAUCGGCCAUCGUCUUCUGGUGGAACCGACCUUCGAAUCACUUCACCCAACCAACACUUUCACUCGAAAUGGAAGAGCCUACCUCGGAAACACCAUCAACGAGAAUGUUCCAGAAAAGGCGAAAGAGAUCCGCAGUCAUCAUCUGGUGGAACCGACCUUCGAAUCUCUUCACCCAACCAACACUUUAACUCGAAAUGGAAACAUGCCGGCCUAUUCGACACGGAUUGUGAAGCAGGAAACUGUAUGUAAAGGCCGUCGGGUCCAGUGGUCAGAAGAGACUGGACAUGAGCUGGCCUGGGCUGGUCUCGACCGAGUCGGUUUGCUGGUUGUGAUGCGUGCGCUGGUGAAAUUGGGCGAUUAG